UCUUUUCGCAGAGUAUACAUCGGGGAACGCGAAGUCGGACGGCGACACGUGGAAGGAGAAGUCACGGAACGUGGGGACACCGGGCAGUCAGUCGACCGCGGAGACGUCGAGCACGAGAUCAACCUCGAGCGCAUCAUUGACCACGACCACGGCGUCGACGACAGCGUCGAGCUCUGGAACAACCACGACCACGUCCUCGACGAGAAGCUCGUCUGCGUCGCCGGCUACAGGCAGGAACAACGCGCAGAACAGCGGCGGGAGCAGCAGCAGCAGCAGUAUGUCCGUGCGCGGGCUGAAUCUCUUUCGCUACGCCUCGAUCUCCGAGGGCGUGUACCAGUGCACCGAGUGCGCGAAAGUCGACAUCCAGAAAACGUUCAAGAACAAAUACAGCUUCCAGCGACACGCGUUCCUCUACCACGAGGGCCACCAGAGAAAAGUAUUCCCGUGCCCGGUCUGCGGCAAAGAGUUCUCCAGGCCGGACAAGAUGAAGAACCACAUGAAAACCGUGCACGACUGUUUCAUGCCCAAGGACUGCGUGAUGCCGUUCGGCUUUUUUCUCUCGCCUUAGCGGGCGAUGCGAGGGCGAGGUGGGGUUGCGAUCGGUCCGGCACGAAGAACGUCGAACAGCGCGGACCAGCGCGACGGACGCGCGGAAGCGGCCCCAGCUGCGACCGCCGUCGGUCAGAGGAACGCGAGGAGCUCGAUCCCCAGGCCGACUCUAAGACACUCGCAGGCCACAAGGAUCCUGUCCGCGUUCAGACGGGGACGCGUUUGAAAGAAACUGUUCCGCAUGAUUUUUCUUCUGUUUCCGUCGUCCUAGUCUGAACGGUGGAGUUUUGUGAUUAGAAUCCAGGUUUGAUUCUAUAUCUGUUGCCUGGCCAGAUAUACCGGGUGUGUUUGUUCGGGGAAAAUGCUGUACGAUCAAGGUGUGGGACCUGAGUUGUCAUAGAUUGAUUUUGUGAUGAUACAUUUGGAUGUAAGAAGUCUGUCUUGUUGGGAUACAUUUUGCGUAUUUUAUGGGGAUUACUAGAAUCGGUUUGACGCUAGCAAUGAUCUGUUUGACUUCAAGUGUAGGUAUGAAUAUUUGUGCGGAUUUGUUAAGAUUUUUAAACUACGUACGUAGAUAUAUAUUUUAUUUUUUAAUGCUUUGAACUUUUUCCUAUCAUUCUUCAUGUGAUUUUUUUGUUUUAUGUGUACACAUUGACAAAACGUAUGAGGCGAAACUUAAAAAUGCUAUUAUGAUACAUUUUCGGUAUAUUUUAUCGAAAAAAACAAUUUAUUAAUUUUAAUUUUUUUCUUUAUUUUAUAAAAAUGAGAUUAAUUGAAAAAUUCAACUGAAUAUUUAAAGAAUUUACUAUCUCAUUGAGAUAUUAUAAAUUUUCUCAGAGUUUAUUAACGUUUUUUUUACUACAUCGUAUUAAGUAGUAAGCUAGAUGAUCUUAUAUUUAAUCACAAACAUAUUAUUAUGUAUUAAAAUAUUCUUAGAGAAGACAGAUGAUACACUUAUGCCAAUGAAUAUCUAUUAUACAGAAACAUAAUCUGGUAACCGACGAGAAAAUGAUCAUUCAUAAUUUUCAUUUUAAAAAACGAAGUCAAGCGAUCUACAAUAUAAUUUUUGAUAAAGUAACUUAUUCAUAAUUAUAUAUGACUAAUUCCCUCUAAAAACAAAAUUCUUUUCACAGAAACUCUAUUUCAAUUCACAAAUCAAUGUUACAAAAAUUCUAUUCGAAACGAUAAAUUAACUUUUCCCCGAGAAAUGAUUGAUUUUGUAUCGACCGCAUCCCAAAUGUCAGACACAACCCCCAUACUGGCCAAGCACGAAUCAAACAAUGGAACACAUUCCCAGAACUCUACUAAGUACUCGCAGACGUAUCACGUGCGAUCCGUGAGAAGAGUCUCCUCGUUUCGAAUUGUUCCCUGUAUCGCGCGGACCAAUCGCGUGGCCCAUCUUACCCCCGCGAUGAUCGACCUUCCCUCUCUGUAUUAAGCGCGGUCCAACUUCUACGCGCGAUCGGUUUAAGUCGUUCGGUGGAGCCCGACCGAGUGUUUUCUGUUCUGUUCUUUGAGAAGAAGGGACGAAUUGAGUGCGCGUCGGCCAGUGGAGGAAACCAACACAACGGAUCAGCUGCAAUCACUGCUGAGCGGGACGUCGCGUGGCCGCGAAAGAAGUGUCUAUCCUCGCGCGCGGUUGCUCGACCAAAGUGCCCCUGUGUACAUUAGUAUUAUAUGAUCUUUGAACUGUGCAAUAGCGCGCGGUGCUUGUAGCCGAUCGAUGUUUCGACGUCUCCCUCACUCGCACGACCGUUUCACACGUUUGCUAUGUUCUACGUACGAAUACGUGAGUGGCACUUAAAAGACAUACUAAUUUGGACUAUCAAGGAAAGUUGAAUUAAGCAUUCGAUACUUUCGAUGUCCUGCGAACUGCAGGGUACAAUUCAUUAUUAAUAAUUCAACAAUCGAUAAAAAGUUGAUUCUUGGUAAAAAAAAUCCAUUUACUCACUUGUUCUCUUGUUUCAUUACCGCUUCUACUUAUUUGAUGUGCAAAUGGAUGCAUAAAAAGUAACUUUCGAAAUUCGAGUGUCUUGAAUAUGAAGUUCUAAUUGUAUGUAUUUCGUUCAAAACUUUGGUUUCUUUUCUUUUCUUUUAAUAAAGAAUUAUACUUUUGUCGGUUGUGUUAUUAAUAAUGUUGUGCUGUGGAAUGUAUUUUAUAAAUGCGCCUAUGAAACUUUUCGUGCAAAUGGACAAUCUUUAUCGCGUGACCUAUCGUUGGCGUGCGUAGGACAUAUUCAAACCACAGUUUCACAGCGUUGAAAAUUUUUUGUCGGGCCCCCCGCGUAAGACACGGAAAAGAGUUUUCACAAUGGUCGCAGUAUUUUACGCGGGCGUAGUCUGCAUAAAUUCCAAUUUAUUCUCGUUAUCUUUUGAGAAUCAAAAUUUAACGAUUUAUCGACGAACAAAGAAAAGAGAGAGAGAGAUUGAGAGAGAAAUAUUUCCUCGGGAACUAACGAGCUUUCUCGUGCCUUUAUCGAUCGUUCGUUUCUUUUUAAGGGUUAAGAAGAGUUGUAUAAAGGAGAAGAAGAAAAAACAGUCGUGCAAAAAGUACAGAGUAACGUAAGCAAUAUGAAUAAUGGGACUGACGAAAGGACAUUAUUACGAAGAUCCUUUUUUUUCUAGAUCGUACCGCGACGAUAGCUUUAAAAAAGUGACUUUAUGUUUUAAUACAUGCUAUUUUCCCUUACUGUUUCUGCAAAAAAAGAGGGGAAAAAAUCCACACAUUUUGUAGGUUGGCAUUGUGAAACGUCAAUUGCGAACACGAUCACCUCUUCUCGGAAAAUUUGGAACUUUGCCACCCCCUAAUGACCCUCGGUGCAUUCGUGUUCAAGUAUGAAUCAUCGAUAAGCAAAAAUUCCUCCAUUCGUCUUUGUCCGUGAUGUUUUUCUCUAUUCGAUGAAAAAUUUAUACCAACCUACUACAUAUCACUCGCUUGUACGAUAAGAAAACGAACGUUCUUUGAAUUCCGCAGAACGAGGGAAUAGACCC